AUGCAAUGUUCGAUAUGCCAUAAAAGCGGUAGACCCAUGUACUGUGCUCAUUGCAUGAGUAGCAGCCCUCAUAUGCUUCUGAAAUUAAAGCUUGAUCUGUUGAUAUUGCGAGAGACUAAUGGUCAUCUAAAGAGUCGUGUAGAGGACAUAUUGGAAUAUGGAUUGGGUCAAAUUGCUGGUAAAGAACCAAAAUCUGCGUCUACUAAUGUAGAGGGUGACAUACUUGGAAGAAGACUGCGAAAGUUGGACUCAGUCAUUUUAAGGAGGAAGAAUAAUAGAGUCAAGUAUAGAAUAUCACAGUUGAACCGUCGAAUAUAUGAAAAGAGACAUAGAAUUGAAGCUUUGCGUAGUAAAUUGCAACUCCCUAGUAAAAUUGGUAUUCAUGAGAAGGAAUUAAAAGCUAAAAGAGAAAGUCAAGAAUUAACCAUUUCUGAAGGUAAGCAACAACUGACGCAGAUAAGAAAAGUUUUAUUGAAAUCCCAACUCUCCAAAAUAAGGUCAUUGGUAGAAUGGUUUGUGAUACGUAAACGAGAGUCCUAUGAGUUCCCGUAUACAUUGGCAUUUCAGCCGAUAGUAUCACUUAGAAAUGUUUACAAGUUACCAUCAUCGGUGGUUUGGGGAUCCAUUUCCACCAUGUCCCGAUAUUUGAAGCUUUUUGCAGAGAUUCUGUUCUUCACUCUUCCGCAUAAUGAAUUGGUUGCACCUAAUGCGCCAGAGUUAGAAUUAGAAGUAUCGGCCAAAACCGCUGAUGAAAGCAGUAGUGAUGAAAAUACCAUCGUUGAUCACUUGACUAAAAUCUUUAUCAAUAUUAUUCAAAUAUCGAGACACUUGAAUUUAAUAUCCAAGGAUCCAAUUGAUUUGGCAUGGAUGUUAGACCAAAAUGAUCUAGAUACGCUUUUUUACAACAUGGCUAUGAGAUUAGAGACGAAGAGUAAACCAGUGUUUCAUCAUUGGACCUAUCCUCAAAUUUUAGCCGUCGUAUCGGAAGCUUUACAACUUUCUUCGGUUUAUGCUACUUCACCUGUCUCUAGACAGACGCUUACAGGUACUAAGGCAAAUAACAACGACCGCUGGUACGUAGUUAGAUGA